AUGAGUUCAUUCAAACCGUCGGAUACCAAAAAUAUAAUUUUUCUGUCAAUCCAUUUACUUGAGGUUUUCAAUCCCUCGAAAUUAAAUGAGCGAUUACAUAAUUAAGCCUUAAUAAUAUUGGGGUAAAUUACUAUUAACGAACGACUGGGUUCACUACCUCAGCCCUAGCCUUCUAUCUCCAUACUCUCUCUCUCUUUCUCCUCAAUCGAUCAAAUUAAGGACUGCAAUUUUUCCUUCUUCUUCACAUACUCCAUGGGAAAGAAGAGCAAAUCCAAAAUAACUUCUUCUCCAGAGAAUGAUGUAAAGCUAUUGGAAAAUAAACCUUCCUCCAAGAAGCCCACAUCCGAAAUUGACGAAAUUUUCGCCGCCAAAAAGCGGAAGAAGAUCGAUCAUGAAAAGACCCAAAAGCCCGUCAAGGGCAAGGACGCCGGAGGAGCUAAGAUGAAGGAGAAGAAGAGACCGAGGAGGAAGGAGGAGGAUGAUAAAUCACGUGGGUUUUGGGAAUCGGAUUCUCGUCCCAGAAAGAAAACUCAGGAUGGGAUUGCUGUGUACACUGAAGAGGAAUUAGGUCUUAACAAAGCUGAUGCGGGAGGUACCCGGCUUUGCCCUUUUGAUUGUUCUUGUUGCUUUUAAACAUUUACUUCUACUGCUACUUUAAUUUAGUUUAAUUGAUUUGUAAUGAUAUGUUCACUUGAUUUUUGCUGCUCACAACCUAUACAAGUAGGGGUUUUGUUUGAA